AUGGGCAGGCAAGGAGCCGCGCUACAGCGUAGGUUCUUUCGCAGCCGAUCAGGUCCAUCGCGCUCGCCGUGGCCUCGCCAUGCACUAAACUUGCCGCGUAGUCUUGCCUCUGUCUUCAUCGUCGCCGUCCAUUCUGUCUCCUUACUCCUCCUCCCGUCCCUGCUCCUUGCGUCAGUCGCAGCCACCUCCCAUCAUCCCACCGCGAAUUCACAUGCCGUGUGCCCAUCUGACCUUCCCGCAUCAACGUGCGCUGCCGCGCCCGCGCCGCCUUCACCCGCUCCUCUUCGCGCGGAUGGCGCAUCCGCAGUUCCGCCUCACGUCCCGUCCCCCACUGGUUCCGCCGCAUCUUCCCGACGCAUCCCCUGCGAAUCUCCCCCGCUCCGCCUCCCCGUGCUGUGGAUGGCGCCGUUUCUCUCCGCGGGGGGGUAUUCCUCCGAAGCCGUCGCGUUCGCGACGUCGCUCGCCGCGUCCAGGCGCGCGCCGCCGUUGAAGAUCGCGCAGCACGGGGACGGCACCAACUGGGAGUUCAUUUCCGGGCUGCCCGACUCCACUGUUCGCACGCUGGAAGAGCUUUUUGAGGGCACCACAGGAGCAGCAGGGCGAGGGGUAGCGGAAGAGGGAGUAGCAGGAAAAGAGGAUACUGAGGAUGAUAGGGAGGAGGACGGAGUUGGGGGAUGGGAGAGACUUUGGCAUGGAGGAGGAGGAGCAGGGAGAGCAUUAGGAGAGGGCGGGGUAACGGCAGAUGGGAAUGAAGCGGCUGAGGCAGAGGAACAAGACAGCAGCAGCAGCGGCAGCAUAGGCAGUCCAGUGCAGGGAAUCGUCAUCUGUCACAGCGAGCCAGGCGCGUGGGCGCCGCCACUCUUCCAAACCCCUCCCUGCCCGCCCGCAGACCUGCAAGCGUCCGCGAUCCUGAUUGGGCGCACCAUGUUUGAGACGGACCGGGUGACGCCCACGCACGUGCAGCGGUGCAACCGCAUGCAGCAGGUGUGGGUGCCGUCCGCCUUCCACCGGCACUCCUUUGCUGCCAGCGGCGUGCUCCCCUCCAAGCUGCGCGUGCUGCCUCAACCUGUUGACGUGCGCGCCUUCCACCCACGCGCCCUCUCCUCUGGCCUCCGCCCCGCCCUCCCUCCUGCUGAGCUCGUUCUCGGCCCGGACCGGCUGGUACAUGCACGUGGCGGUGAUGGGGAGAUGAGGGAUCAUGGGACGGAUGAGGGGGAGGGGUUGGAUGAUGAGAGUGAUGCGGGGAGGAGUGGGAGUAGGGAUGGGGAUCUUGCGGACUGGUGUGGUGAAGGUGGUGACACAAUAGAGGAUGGUGCCAUGCAAGACGAUGGGUCGUUGGUGCCAGGAGGAGAGGGCAGUGGGAGUGACAAGCGGCCAUUUGUGUUCCUGAGCAUGUUCAAGUGGGAGCAGAGGAAGGGCUGGGACGUGCUGCUGAGGGCCUACCUGUCCACAUUCACUGCAUCGGACCCUGUGCUGCUCUACCUUGUCACCAACGCCUACCACACUGACUCCCAUUUUGCAGACAAACUAACCUCCUUUCUCCACUCUGCCAACAUUACUGAGCCACCCGAGGGCUGGCCGUCGCUCUAUGUGCGCUCGGAGCACGUGGCGCAGUCUGAUCUGCCGAACGUUUACCGGGCAGCCGAUUGUUUUGUCUUGCCCACAAGAGGAGAGGGAUGGGGCCGGCCAAUCGUGGAGGCCAUGGCAUCAGGGCUGCCAGUGAUUGCCACUAAUUGGUCCGGCAUAACAGAGUAUUUGAAUGAGGAGAACGGGUACCCAAUACCCGUAGACCAUCUCUCAGAGGUUCCCGAUGGGCCUUUUAAAGGGCACUUGUGGGCAGAGCCUUCAGUUUCAGAACUCUGCAAGUUGAUGCGAGAGUUUCUGAAGGCGAUCGCCGAUCUUCCUUUCAGAAUGCAGUCCAUCGGCCGUUAUCUGAGUUUCAGCGCCAAGGCCAAGGACGGCGAGGGCGCGGAGGGCGGCGAGGAGCAGUCAGACGGGGCUCCGCCCCGUGCCGUUGCGGAUGACGGCGAUAACAGUAGCUCGGAUGCGGGCGACGGAGGAGAAGCGGCUCCAGACGCGUCUGAGAAGGAUCAGGACGGCGGUUCGAUCCGUGCGCCGUUGAGCGUCGAGGGUGAGACAGAAGAGGAGCACGACUCUGACGAUGACGAUAACGAGUCGUUUGAUAGCGCGAACGAGCGCGCUGAAGGGUCGGUGGGCAGCUUCGGAACCUCCCCAGCGGGGGAGGAUUUUAUGAUUCCCAAGGCGAAGGUAACAGGGGACUCGGAAGAUUUCUCGGUGCCUGUGGUGAGUGCGGAGAUGGAUGCGGAAGGGGAGGCGGAGGCUUUUGAAGAGGGCGAGGAGGAGGUUUCUAGCGCAGUGGUGACGGAAGCUGUCACGGAAACAGUGACGGAGACAGCUGCAGUUGAACAGGUCACGGCAACCGUAACAGAGACGGUUGUAUCGGAGGUGGCGACUGAGACACCGUCGGUGUCUGUAGUGGAACAAGUGGAAGUGGAAGGUAGUGCUGCCGCUGUUGAAGUCGUUGCAGCUGCUGCUGAUGCCAGCGAGUCUAUUGCGACGGUAGCAACGACCGAAACAGCCGCAGCUACUGAAAAGGUUAGCACAGCCGCAACGACCACGACGACGACCACCACCACGACCACCACGACGGUGACCUCGACCACCAGUGUUGAGGCCGAGACGGAGGUCGUGACAGAAACAGCGUCCGCCACUGUCGAAGAAACCGUUACCGCUGCGGCUGCUGCUUCUGCCGAAGGUGAAGCGCAGACUACUGCAGCAGGUGAAUCAGCGGAGGUGUCGCAGGACAUUCAGGCGCGGCUGCAACAGGCCAUCGCGGAUGCCAGUCGGGUGGAUGUGGAGGACGUGGACAGUGACGACAGUGACGACAGCGAGGCGGAGGAGUGGGUGGAUGGGGAGGAGGACGACGAUGACGAUGAGGAAGGCGCGGGGGUGUCCGCCUCUCUGGAUGCCCUCGUGAGGGACAUGGAAGCUGUGGUGCAGGGGGCGGGCGGCAGCGCAGCUGGCGGGAUCAACCUCCCCCCGCGCAUGGCCGCCCCUCGCGGUCUCAACGGCUCGCUUGAUCUCCCAGCUCGCCCGCAGUCCUCCACCCGAUCCGCCGACUCUGGUUCGGAAGGCUCCGCAGUUGACUCGGUGGCCCGGCAGGCCGCGGCGGUGAUUGCGCGACAGGGCAUGGCAGGCGCUGUGGGCGACGCCCCUGCUGGGGGGGCAGCGCCAGAUGCCCCGCUCAAUCCGCGCGCGGAGAAGGUGAACUCUGUGCGCGUGAAGCUGCUGCGCCUGGCUGCGCGGCUGGGGCAGUCGCACAGCAACGUGGUGGUGGCGCAGGUGCUGUACCGCCUGGAGCUCGCGGAGAAGUUCCAGGAGACCUCCUCCCGCGCGGGCAGCGGCGGAGUGCGCAUCAUUGGCGGCGCCAUGGGCAGCGCCAUGCGCCUGGACCGCGCGCGCGAGCGCGCAGCUGAGCUGGAUGCGACGGAAGGCGCGGACUCGGACCUAGACUUCGGGCUGACGAUCAUGGUGGUGGGCAAGACGGGCGUGGGUAAAACCGCCACCAUCCACUCGCUCCUCGGCACCACCCCCCCCGCGGAUGCGCCGCCCGCGGAGCUGCCCCCGACGACGCGCGUGCGCGAGGUGACGGGGCGCGUGCACGGCGUGAACGUGAAGGUGGUGGACGUGCCGGGGCUGCACCCGUCCGUGGCGGACAUGCGGCGCAACCAGAAGAUCCUGCGCUCCGCCAAGCGCUACCUGCGCGGCAAGCAGCCCGACAUCGUGCUGUACGUGGACCGCCUGGACGUGCAGGCGCGGGAUUACGGCGAUAUGGAGCUCGUGCGCCCUAUCAGCGACACGUUUGGUCCUGCUGUGUGGAUGAACACGAUUGUUGUGCUCACGCACGCGUCCUCCGCGCCCCCCGAGGACAGCAGCGGGCGUCCCAUGAGCUACGAGAUGUACGUGGCGCAGCGGUCGCACGUGGUGCAGCAGACGAUCCGCCAGGCGUCGGGGGACAUGCGCCUGCUGAACCCCGUGGCCCUCGCGGAGAACCACCCUGCGUGCCGCACCAACCGCACGGGCGACCGCGUGCUGCCUAACGGCCAGGUGUGGCGCCCGCAGCUGCUGCUGCUGUGCUUCGCCUCCAAGUGCCUCUCCGAGGCCAACUCUGUGCUUGAGAUCGGCGGGCCUGCGUCCGCGCGCGCCCAGCGCGGGCGCUCGCGCAUGCCGCCGCUGCCGUACCUGCUGUCGUCGCUGCUGGGCCCGAGGCAGCCGCUGCGGCUGCCGGAGGAGCAGCAGAUGGGCGACGACGACGAGUACGACGAGAGCAGCGAUAGCGAAAGCGACGACGACGAGGUGGACUUCGACGCGCUGCCGCCCUUCCGCCGCCUCACCAAGGCGGAGCUGCAGCAGCUGGAGCCCGCGCAGCGCCGGGAGUAUUAUGAGGAGCUCGCGGACAGGGAGCGACUCUUCCAGAAGAAGCAGUGGAGGGAGGAGCUGCGGAGACGCAGGGAGCUGCGGCGGAAGCUGGAGGCGGGCGAGGACGUGGAGGAGGAGGGCGCAGAGAAGGCCAAGGGGGCGGAGGGCGAGGAGGGCGCGGAGGAGGACGCGGGCCCCAGCAACGUGCCUGUGCCCAUGCCCGACCUGGACCUGCCGCCCUCGUUCGACAGCGACCAGCCCAGCCACCGCUACCGCUACAUUGAAACCGCCAACCAGUGGUUGGUGCGGCCCAUGUUGGAGCAGCACGGGUGGGACCACGACACGGGGUACGACGGCUUCCAAAUGGAGAAGGCCUUCGCCAUCCGUGACAAGAUCCCCGCCUCCAUCUCCGGCCAGAUCACCAAGGACAAGAAGGACUGCACGGUGGCGCUGGAGGCAGCGGCGUCCAUGCGGCACGGCACGUCCUUCCUGCACGCGCCCGUCACCACCGCGGGGCUGGACGUGCAGUCCGUGGGCAGCAGCCUCGCCUACACGCUGCGCUCCGAGACACGCUUCCGCACGUUCCCCCACAACCGCACCACCGCUGGCAUCUCCUUCACCACCUACGAUGGCAGUGGGCUCACCACUGGACUCAAGGUGGAGGACCGGUUGCUGGUGGGCAAGAGCGUGAGCCUCAACGCUGCAGCCGGCUUUGUGCGCUGCGGCCGCCUCAUGGCCAGGGGGGCUAACUGCGAGGUGCAGGUGCGGCAUCCCGACCAUCCAUUGGAUCGCACCAUGGGAGUGCUUGGGCUUACCCUCAUGGACUGGCAGGGAGAUCUGGUGGUGGGAGCAAACGUGCAGGCGCAGGCGACAGCAGGCAAGACGAAUCUGCUGUUCCGAGCGAAUGUGAACAACCGUGCAGCGGGCACCAUCUCCCUGCGAGCCACGUCCAACGAGCAGCUGCAGAUGGCUCUCAUUGGCCUCGUGCCGCUGCUGCGCUACUUCCUUGCCGGUGGCUUCUUGUUUGGUACCAAGGGCGAUGAGAUGGUGGACGAGGCUUAG